AUGAUGAUGGGUUUGGACCAUGUGAACAUUGAUCUGUUGAGAAGGAGAGUGGACCAGCAGAUCUCAGAGUCCCCCAGUGGUCCGUCUGUCCAGCAGAUAGACUCCAUCUUUCAGCUGCUGAAGGACGACAUCGUCAUGUUUGUGAAUUACGAAUUGAAGAAGAUCCAGAAUUUUCUGAGUCCAGAUUACCCAGAAUCCUCAGAGAGUCUGGAGGAGGAUGAAGAUGAAGAGCAGAAGAGCAUCAGAGAAACAUUCAUGAAGAUCACAGUGAAGUUCUUGAGGAGGAUGAAGCAGGAGAAGCUGGCUGACCUCCUGCAGAAGACCGCCGCUGGCAUUUGUCCAUCCAAACUCAAAGGUCAGCUGCAGAAGAAGUACCAGCAUGUGUCUGAGGGGAUCACUAAAGCAGGAGAGACAACCCUUCUGGAGCAGAUCUACACUGAGGUCUACAUCACAGAGGGAGGGACCGCAGAGGUCAAUGAAGAACAUGAAGUCAGACAGAUUGAAGCAGCUUCCAGGAAACCAGGCAGAGCAGAUACAGCCAUCAGACAGGAAGACAUCUUUAAACCCCCACCUGGAAGAGAAGGACCAAUCAGAACGGUGAUGACGAAGGGAGUGGCCGGCAUCGGGAAAACAUUCCUAACACAGAAGUUCAGUCUGGACUGGGCUGAAGGCAGAACCAACCAGGACAUCCAGUUCUUGCUUCCAUUCACCUUCAGAGAGCUGAAUGUGCUGAGAGAGGAGAAGUUCAGCUUAGUGAAACUAGUUAAUCGAUUCUUCACUGAAACCAAAGGAAUCUACAGCUUUGAAGAGUGCCAGGUCACGUUCAUCUUUGACGGUCUGGAUGAGAGUCGACUUCCUCUGGACUUCUACAACAAUGAGGUCCUGACUGAUGUUACAGAGUCCACCUCAGUGGAUGUGCUGCUGACAAACCUCAUCAGGGGGAAGCUGCUUCCUUCUGCUCGCCUAUGGAUCACCACUCGACCCGCAGCAGCCAAUCAGAUCCCUCCUGAGUGUGUUUCCAUGGUGACAGAGGUCAGAGGGUUCACUGACCCACAGAAGGAAGAAUACUUCAGGAAGAAGAUCAGAAACAAGAAGCAGACAAGCAGGAUCAUCUCCCACAUCAAGACAUCACGGAGCCUCCACAUCAUGUGCCACAUCCCUGUCUUCUGCUGGAUCACUGCUACGGUCCUGGAGAAUGUCCUGGAGGACGUCCUGGAGACCAGAGAGGGAAGGGGGCUGCCCAAGACCCUGACUGAGAUGUACAUCCACUUCCUGGUGGUCCAGGUCAAACUGAAGAAGACCAAGUAUGAAGGAGGAGCUGAGACAGAUCAACACUGGAGUCCAGAGAGCAGGAAGAUGGUGGAGUCUCUGGGAAAACUGGCUUUUGAGCAGCUGCAGAAAGGAAACCUGAUCUUCUACGAAUCAGACCUGAGAGAGUGUGGCAUCAAUAUCAGAGAGGCUUCACUGUACUCAGGAGUGUUCACCCAGAUCUUUAGAGAGGAGAGCAACCUAUACCAGGACCGGGUUUUCUGCUUCAUCCAUCUGAGUGUCCAGGAGUUUCUGGCUGCUCUUCAUGUCCAUCAGACCUUCACCAGCUCUGGAGUCAACCUGCUGGGGGAACAGAGAAACACCUUCUGGUUGUUUAAAACCAGAGCAGAGACUGGCCUCCAUCAGACAGCUGUGGACAAGGCCUUACAGAUUCCCAACGGACAUCUGGACUUGUUCCUGCGCUUCCUCCUGGGUAUUUCAGUUGAGACCAAUCAGACUCUCCUACGAGGUCUGAUGACAUCAGACCAUGAAAGUUCACAGAACAAUCAGGAAACUAUCAAAUACAUCAAGAAGAAGAUCAGUAAGGAUCUGUCUGCAGAGAAAAGCAUCAACCUGUUCUACUGUCUGAAUGAACUGAAUGAUCGGUCUCUGGUGGAGGAGAUCCAAGAGUCCCUGAGGUCUGGACGUCUCUCCACAGAUAAAAUGUCUUCUGCUCAGUGGUCGGCUCUGGUCUUCAUCUUACUGUCAUCAGGAGAUCUGGAGGUGUUUGACCUGAAGAAGUUCUCAGUUUCAGAGUGGGCUUUAUGGAGGCUGCUGCCGGUGGUCCAAGCCUCCAAGAAAGUUGUACUGAGUGGCUGUCACUUCCCAGGGCAUAUCUGUACAGUUCUGUCCUCAGUUCUCAGCUCUCAGUCCUCCAGUGUAACAGAACUGGACCUGAGCAACAACGACCUGCAGGAUUCUGGAGUGGAGCAGCUGUGUCCUGGACUGAAGAGUCCACACUGUAAACUGGAGUCUCUCAGACUGAGUGACUGUCAGCUCUCAUGGAACAUCUGUCCAGUUCUGUCCUCAGUUCUCAGCUCUCAGUCCUCCAGUCUGACAGAACUGGACCUGAGCAACAACCACCUGUGGGAUUCUGGACUGAAGAAUCUGUGUCCUGGACUCGAGAGUCCACACUGUAAACUGGAGUCUCUCAGGCUGUCAGGCUGUCUGAUCUCAGAGGAAGGAAGUUCUUCUCUGGUCUCAGCUCUGACCUCCAACCCCUCCCACCUGAGAGAACUGGACCUGAGCUACAACCAUCCAGGGGAGUCAGCAGGGAAGCUUCAGUCUAGAGUGAAGGAUCCCCGCUGGAGGCUGGACACUCUCAGACUGAGUGACUGUAACCUCUCAGGGAACAUCUGUGCACUUCUGUCCUCAGUCCUCAGCUCUCAGUCCUCCAGUCUGACAGAACUGGACCUGAGCAACAACGACCUGCAGGAUUCUGGACUGAAGAAGCUGUGUCCUGGACUGGAGAGUCCACACUGUAAACUGGAGUUUCUCAGACUGAGUGGCUGUAACCUCUCAGAGGACAUCUGUCCAGUUCUGUCCUCAGUUCUCAGCUCUCAGUCUUCCAGUCUGACAGAACUGGACCUGAGCAACAACGACCUGCAGGAUUCUGGACUGGAGCAGCUGUGUCCUGGACUGGAGCAGCUGUGUCCUGGACUGGAGAGUCCACACUGUAAACUGGAGUCUCUCAGGCUGUCAGGCUGUUUGAUCUCAGAGGAAGGAAGUGCUUCUCUGGUCUCAGCUCUGACCUCCAACCCCUCCCACCUGAGAGAGCUGGACCUGAGCUACAACCAUCCAGGGGAGUCAGCAGGGAAGCUUCUGUCUGGACUGAAGGAUCGCCGCUGGAGACUGGACACUCUCAGGGUGGAGCCGUCUGGACAACGAUUUCUGACACCAGGUCUGAGGAAGUAUUCCUGUCAACUCACCAUUGACACAAACACAGUAAACAACUUCAUCAAACUGUCUAACAACAACAGGAAGAUGAUGUUGGUGGACGAGGAUCAGUCAUAUCCUGAUCAUCCAGACAGGUUUGAUUACUAUCGUCAGCUGCUGUGUAGAGAAGUUCUGACGGGUCGCUGUUACUGGGAGGUUGAGUGGAGAGGAGAGGUUUCUUUAUCAGUGAGUUACAGAAGAAUCAGCAGGAAAGGAACCUCUGGUGACUGUAGGUUUGGAUGGAACGAUCAUUCCUGGAGUCUGUACUGUUAUCCAGGUGGUCGGUACCGUGUCCUUCACAAUGAGAGAGACACAUCCAUCACCUCCUCAUCUCCAGAUUCAGACUCUAGAAGUGCAGGAGUGUACGUGGACGUUCCUGCUGGAACUCUGUCCUUCUAUGAAGUUGUCUCUGACAGACUGAUCCACCUCCACACCGUCAACACCACCUUCACUGGACCUCUCUAUGCUGGAUUUAGACUCAGGUCCAGGUCUCAGUCCCGAUCUGAGUCCAUGAUAAAAUACACGUUAAGGACCUUGUUAGUGUCUGAAUACUCGGUGUCUCUGUGUCCAGUUUAGUCUCCAGAGUCUCCUGUCAGAGAAACAGUCUCUGUUGGAUCCUGGACUUGGACUCUGGUUCUGGUUCCUCAGUGUCUCCAUGAUGAUGAUGAUGAUGAAGAAGAAGGAGAUGAUCACUGUUUAUCUUUAGCUUUUUGGUUUAUUGUAUUUUAUUUGAUAUUUUUUUUCACAUUUAAACAUUAAAUAUUUUGCUGGAU